CUCAGAGUGAGGAGAGUCAUGGACGUAAACUAAACAGAAAGUUACCAUGAUAAAAGUUAGGCAUCUCUUUCAAAUUACAACAACAACACCCGUUUCACUUGUAAAUCAACAACCUUUCCCCCCCCAGGGUCUGAGGUUUGCUCAAGUUUACAAGGCAUCGAUCUUUCAACAUUAACUACAGUUAACGUUACACUCUGACAGAAAGAAUGCGCGAGACAGUUAGCAUUAGCCGGCUAGCAGCGUGCUGACAGCAGCGACAAGCGGCGAACAAAAGAUUUCUCGGCAUUUGUCCGCUUGCAUUGACACUCGGUCCAUGUAGAAGGGACGAUUAUCAACACAAUGCCAGUGUUACUUUUUUUGAUAGACACGUCCGCCUCCAUGAACCAGCGCUCCCACUUGGGCACUAGCUAUCUGGACAUAGCGAAGGGCGCAGUUGAGACUUUCCUGAAGCUGAGGAGCAGAGAUCCGGCCAGCAGGGGAGACAGAUACAUGUUAGUGAGUUUCGAGGAAGCGCCGGCAGGAAUAAAGGCAGGAUGGAAGGACAGUCAUGCCACUUUCAUGACCGAGCUGAGGAACCUGCAAGCAGUUGGAUUGACAUCGUUUGGCCAGUCUUUAAGGACCUCUUUUGAUUUGCUCAAUCUCAAUAGAUUAGUUUCGGGGAUAGACAACUAUGGACAGGGUAGAAACCCUUUUUUCUUGGAGCCAGCUAUCAUUUUGGCCAUAACUGAUGGGACCAAGCUGACCAGCAGUUCUGGGGUGCAAGAUGAGUUGCAUUUACCUUUGACAACACCAUUGCCUGGCAGUGAGCUGACCAAAGAGCCCUUCAGAUGGGACCAGCGACUCUUCUCUUUAGUGCUCCGCAUUCCAGGCCACUCCUCUCCUGACCCUGAACCAUUGGGUGGAGUUCCUCUUGACUCUUCUCCUAUUACACCCAUGUGUGAGGUCACCGGGGGCCGCUCGUACAGCGUGUUUUCCCAGAGAAUGCUAAACCAGUGCCUGGAGUCUCUGGUGCAGAAGAUCCAGAGUGGUGUCGUCAUCAAUUUUGAGAAAAAUGGACCUGAUCCUCCUCCAACUGAAGAUGGUCCAGCAGAGAUGAAAUAUGGACCUCAAUCAUGGCACAGUUGUCAUAAGUUGAUCUAUGUCAGACCCAACCCUAAAACUGGUGUUCCUGUUGGCCAUUGGCCUAUCCCAGAGUCCUUUUGGCCUGACCAGAACUCUCCUACUUUGCCUCCACGUGCAUCCCACCCACAAGUAAAGUUUUCAUGUGUGGAUUCAGAGCCCAUGGUGGUUGAUAAAGUGCCCUUUGACAAGUAUGAGCUAGAGCCCUCCCCGCUCACUCAGUAUAUACUGGAGAGGAAAUCACCGCACACCUGCUGGCAGGUUUUUGUGUGUAAUAGCGCUAAAUACGGGGAACUCGGGCAGCCAUUUGGCUAUCUGAAGGCCAGCACAGCUCUAACCUGUGUCAACCUAUUUGUCAUGCCCUAUAACUACCCUGUGGUGCUGCCUUUGCUUGAUGACUUGAUUACUGUACACAAGUUCAAGCCUCCAGCGAAGUGGCGACAAUCUUUUGAAAACUAUCUAAAAACAAUGCCACCCUACUACAUCACUGCCCUGCGGAAAGCACUAAGAAUGAUGGGAGCUCCAAACCUGUUGGCUGACAACAUGGAGUACGGCCUCAGCUACAGUGUUGUGUCGUAUCUCAAAAAGCUCAGUCAGCAGACGAAGGUCGAGGCAGACCGAGUUUGUGCAUCAGUUGGGAAAAAGGCGGUGCCAGAAGGUGGGAUUAAACUUCGCUGCAGAAGCUCCGCCGUCUCUCUGGCCCACAGAAAGGAUUUCACACAGCUGCUACAAAGUAUCAUAGGAGAUGGGCCAGCUCUGCCAAUGGAGGCAAACACCAAGGAGUUUGCCGGCUUUCAAUUAGCUGCUCUGAAUAAAGCAUUAAAACCACAAGGAUUGCGGAACCCCUAUGAUAUCCCAAGAGCUCAUCUGCUGGACCAGCUGAGUCGCAUGAGGCGGAACCUCCUGCAUUCUAGCAUCUGCAUUCUGAAAGGACAAGAUCAAGAUCAGCUUCACAGUGUGCCUAUAGCUCAGAUGGGCAACUAUCAGGACUUCUUGAAGCAUUGCCCGGCCCCUCUGAGAGAGGCAGACCCCGAUCAGCCUAAACGUCUGCACACUUUUGGUAACCCCUUCAAAUUGGACAAGAAGGCGAUGAUGGUGGAUGAGGCAGAUGAAUUUGUUACUGGCACUCAAGGCAAAGGCAAACGUCCUGGAGAGUCCAGUAGUCCUGCUGGGGUAGGGGCCCCCAAACGCAGGCGCUGUAUGUCUCCACUGCUUCGGCCGGGACGGGCAUAUACACCUCCCAAAACACCACCCAGAACAGCAGAUAACGAUUGCACAGAAUUGGAAAACCUCAUCACCAACCAUUUCGAGUCAAACAACAACAACUCUGACAAGGAGCUGAGUCCUGUGCCAGAGUCUGAACCAAUCGAGCAAAGAAACAACCUUCAGUUGGAUGAGAUUGAGAUCCAGCAGGACAGAGUUCAGGAAAACGGUCAAUCCAGCGAGAGCGAGCUCUCUCUGGGCAGUGAGGGUGAAGAGGAAGUCCCGUGCCGCUACCCUUCCCCCUGCCAGCUGAAGAAACUCAGAAACGAAGAGAGCCAGGAGCUAAACUCUGAACUCCGAGUGCUCAUCACCAAGGAGAUCCGGAAACCUGGAAGACGUUAUGAGAAAAUCUUCUACCUCCUCAAGCAAAUCCAGGGCAGUUUGGAAACACGUCUGAUCUUCCUGCAAAGCAUAAUCAAAGAGGCUGCCAGGUUUAAGAAGAGGGUCUUGAUUGAGCAGCUGGAGAACUUCUUAGAGGAGAUUCACUUAAGAGCCAACAGCAUGAAUCAUCUGGACGGUUUCUGAGCACUCCAUCUGCCCUAUUUGAAAUACUCGCACACAGAUCUGCACUAUUUAUGUAACGUUACUUGGGACUUGUGUGUCUCCAGUUUUUAUCAGUAUUGAAGCUGAUUUUAUUGAUGAGGACUUGAUGGGUUGUCUUUAAACCUCAGGACUGGGGGGAUAUGGGAAUGUUUCUGUCAGAUGGUCAUAAACGCACUGCUCCUUUUCUUUUUCUUAGACAUUAUUUCCUAUCUAAUUGUGCCAAAGAGAACUGGUUGAAUGGCAUCAGAUUCCGCCUCAUCUCAUUUGCUUUUUUGUUUUCUCCUCCCAGUUCCCUGUGACAUUCUGACACGUGGCACUGAUCACCAAUGUGUUUUCAAAUUUAGUUUCAAUCAAGAAUAGAGUUUGGAAACUCACUGCUGCAUUCAGUUUCAGACAAGAUUAUUUACUGGAAAGUAGAUCUUUAUCAGCAAUAUUCUUCUCCAAUUAAAAGGCGAGUUACAAAGCAAUUCUUUAAUGUUGGAGGUUCGAGUGACUGAGGUUUUAUAAUUAAAUGUAGUCUUGUACACUCCGGAAAGCAUUGUUUAUUAUAAAUUAAAAUCUCAGGAAUGAUGUUGCAAAAGAUUUAGCUUUUGGCAGUAGAGGAACAUCUUUCUGAAGUUUUGUUUGCCUGAAAAUCUAAAAAAGCUCUUAUCUAUUAAAAAAAAAAGUUACUUUUUUUUUUUUUCCAUUCUUAAGCCACCCAUAAUUAUUCCACCUGGCUUCGAUAACGUUGCUUCUAGCAAAAGAGGUUUAUAUCAUGGUGUUCAGAACACAGAACCAUGGCAAAUUUAUGUGAAUAAGUAAGGACUAGAAGUAACAGGAAUAUAAAUUUUUAUAUCUUUGCUGAAAAUGCAAAUGACAGUUCUGCAUUAAGUGACAAAAUUUGAUUUACAAAAGUAACAACCAGAAGGAUCUAAUGAAAUGAUGUAAAGUUGAUAUUUAAUCAUCCAUGAUAGUCAAGAGCCACUUACUCAUUGACAUGGGAAGUUGCUGCUAAUGUAUUCCUACUUGACUGCCAAAUUUUCAGUAUCCCUUAGCUUUUUUUGGAUUUUUUUGUGUCUCACCCUCCUAACCCUGCACCCUGUAGGGACCAAAUCUUCAUCAUAAAUGUUAUAGAUAAGUCUGUGGCUUAUUAAAAAGAAAAAGUAUUUUAUUAUACUGUAUAUUUGUACAUAGUGACAUUGAAAAAUAUUAUUUAAGAGAAUGUUUUGGUGGAAAGCCUUUUUUUUGUAUGUAUUUGAAUAAAGUCUAUUUUACACUGUGAAUAGUCAUGUAAAUAAGUGACAUUUUUCUGUCAUUAAAUUCUCAGUGGCACAAUGUCAUUAAAAGGAUUGCAAAUCUUA